GCUGAGAGAGCAAGAAAGAAAAGAAGCAGAAGAAGCUAGUCAGAAAGAAAUAGAAGAAUGGGAAAAGGCACUUUUAGCUCAAGCAGCACCUACAAGGAUGGAGACAAUGUGGGAGAUUCCAGCUAUUGGUCAUUUUCUUUGUUUAGCACAACAGAUUUUAAAUUUACCUGAAAUAGUGUUCUAUGAAUUGGAACGUUGUCUUCUGAUGCCUCAGUGUAAUGCUUUUUUAUCUAAAAUAAUGACUUCUUUGUUAAGUCCUCCUCAUCGCAGAUCUACCUUACAUCGCAGGCCUACGCUUUCCUACAGGACUUGGGAAGCAGCACUCAGACAGAAAGUACGACACUGGUAUACUGUUGUAGGGCAGGCUGACAAUCCUAACAGCUCUGCAGAAAAACUUGGAUUGUGUCCCCAGUUCUUCAAAGUCCUUGGAGAAGUUAAUCCCUUGGAGGAAAAGCUGUUUCAUGAGCUACCGUUCUACCAGAAAGUGUGGUUGCUAAAAGGUCUCUGUGAUUUCGUAUAUGAAACACAGAAGGAUGUUCAGGAUGCAGUGCUAGGUCAGCCUAUCCAUGAAUGCAGAGAAGUAAUUCUUGGUUAUGACUACUUGGAGAAUGCGUAUGUUCAUUUUCCGCAGUUCUGUGGUGCAGAUGUUCGGAUUUACAAACAAAAACCUUUUCGGGCUCCUGAAUUCCCAGCUUCUCCUAUCAAAGUUAAGAAAAUGUCACGUAUUAAAAUGGAGAAAGUUAAACAUGAAUGUGUAAGCAAAAGCAAUGGGGAGGUCAGCUCUGGUGGUAGAGAAAUGCUGCUGCAUCAUUCCAAGACAGAAGUAAUGAAAAGUAUGGACUCCGUUGUUGUCUAUCCAGAAAAAAACACACAUUUAGAUAGCUUGAGGGUCACUACAGAGGAGGUUAACUGUGAAGUCAAGACCUCAGGAGUCUGCGACAUCAAAAUAACUGGUUGCUAUAAAGAGAACUUGAGGAAUUACAUUAGUUCAGGAGAGAUUGUUAGUAUGGGUAGUUCAGGAGAAAUAAGGGCUAUGGAGAAUGGACAAGGCUGUGCUGAAAUGGCCAGAGUAAAACCUGAGAUCAGUCCAUUCAAGGAGAACACGCUGAAAGCUUGCCAAAUGCGUGUCAAUGGCACUCAUAGUGACAACCAAGACAUAAAUUACCACAAAUCUGCUAAAGAAACAAUGCUAGAGAACUCACUGCAAAAUAAUAAAAAACUAAAUAAGUUACGGGCAAAAAAGAAGAAAAAGAAAAAAAAGAAGUUGAAGGAUAUUCUAAAUGAAAAUCUACAGAGAAAACUUGAUGACUUGCAAAGAAAGCGUGAGAUUCAUCUUCAUCCAUUCAAAUCUUAUAAAUCUGAGAUCCAGAACAAGUUGUUUAUAAUUAAAAAGAAAGAAAAACACAAGAAGCACAAGUCUGGAAAAAAGUCGGUAUCUAAAAAAGCAAUCACAAAGAAGAGGAAAGGUGUCACAAAGUCUACCAUACCAGAAUUUCAGCUUAUUUGCACUAAUCUUGAUGAACUCAGGGAAUUAAUCACAAAGAUUGAGAAUGAACUCAAAGAUCUGGAGGACAUAAAAAAGAAAUCGGACACCAUUCUAGAGUACAUAAAAGGAAUUCCUUCUCCAGAACUUGGAAGUCCUGGAGGCAGUAAUGAAAGAGCUGAGCU